CUACAGACGAUCAAUUGGAAGCCCAACAUCAUUAGCAGUUCUGCAAUUGGUACCAUGACUAUGUCAAUCAGUUGGACUCUCAACGUAUGGAGGAGAUGGGCGACAAGCUGGUUAUGCAUUGUAGGGGCCCGAAGGAGAUAGCAAGUAGGUUCAACAGAUACGUGGUUAACGGCAAAAUGUUUCGCACUGUUGCAUAUGAUGUAGGGAAGAGAACACAGAACAGCGGUGUUUGUGUGCCUACCGUUGAUGGCUUGACGUACUACGGGAAGUUAAUGGAUAUAAUUGAGGUUGAGUAUUACGACAGAACUAAGUACGUCAUGUUCAAGUGUGAUUGGGCGGACACCACGAGAGAUAGGGGAUAUAAGGUGGAUGAGUAUGGCAUGGAACUUGGCAGCUUCAAUCACCUUGUCCACAGGGGAGACCUGGUGACUGAUGACCCAUAUGUACUAACUUCACAAGUUGACCAAAUAUUUUACGUCGAAGAUGAAAGGAACCCAGGUUGGGCUUGUGUUGUGCGGACUAAAUCCAGGAACGUCUACGACGUUGGUCAGGGUGAAGGGUCUCAUGAUUCACUAGACACCUAGUAGAAGUGCGAGCCGUUGCUAUUAACCAGAAAUAGCGAUCAAGAUCCAAGUGAUGAAUUUGACCACGUCCGACCAGAC